AAUUUCCAUCCAACAAAAAGGAAGUUUUCAUUAGAGUAGCUUCUACAAGAUAUCAACCAAUCCUGUCAAAUUGAAGACCAUUUACCAGUCAGAGUAGAGACAACUAGUGUCCAGAAAUUGAGCUUAGAAACCAGACAGGUAGGAUGUAACACUCAGAACCAAUGACUUUUAAUAUUGUGCUGAUCUAUUUGAUGUAAAUUGAAGAAAGAAAAAUUGUGUGCCAACCAUGACAGAAUGAUUUUUGUAACAAAAGCUUUGGCCUGAUGUAGUCUUGCAUGCCUGAACAUAUGCCCACAGCAGCAUAAUUUGGGUAUAAAUUGAGAGCCUUGUUCUCCCAUUGACAACCACACCAACACAGAGAUGACUUCCCAAACUCAUUUCUGCCAUGUCUUUCUCCUCUCUUUCUUAACUCUUCAGUUCUGUCAGUUGUUCUCCACAGAAGCUGAAGCCGGUGCCAAACUGUACAUCGUGUACUUGGGAGAGAGGAAACAUGAGAACCCAGACCAUGUCACUGCUUCACACCAUGACAUGCUGACUUCCCUCCUUGGAAGCAAAGAGGAGGCUGUGUCAUCAAUCGUUUACAGCUACAAGCAUGGCUUCUCAGGCUUUGCAGCCAUGCUAACGGAAGCACAAGCAGAGGAAUUAGCAGAGUCUCCUGACGUUAUCAGCGUACGACCAAGUCGAAACUACGAGCUGCAGACCACACGAAGCUGGGACUUCCUGGGACUGAACUAUAUGCAUCCGACUGGGCUGCUAAAGAAGAGCAAUUAUGGAGAUGGCAUCAUCAUCGGCAUGGUCGAUACAGGUAUAUGGCCGGAAUCCAGAAGCUUUAACGACGACGGGUACAGCCCCGUGCCGAGCCGAUGGAGAGGCGUGUGCCAGGUCGGAGUUGCCUUCGGAGCCAACAACUGUAGCAGGAAAGUCAUCGGGGCUCGAUACUACACCGCCGGGAUCGACGACAGCAACCUCAGAAUCGACUACCUGUCUCCCCGCGACUACAACGGCCACGGCACGUUCACCGCCUCCGUGGCCGCCGGUUCCCUCGUGCGCGGCGCCAGCUUCCACGGUCUUGCCGCCGGGGACGCGAGGGGCGGCGCCCCCCGCGCCCGGCUCGCGGUGUACAAGGCGGUGUGGGGCAGCGGCAGUGGUUCGGGCGCCGGCAACACCGCCACGGUGCUGGCGGCCAUCGACGACGCCAUCCACGACGGGGUCGACAUCCUGUCGCUGUCGCUGGUGGUGCUCGAGGAGGACUCCUUUGGUUCCUUGCACGCCGUGGCUAAAGGGAUCACCGUCGUGUACGCCGCAGGCAACCUAGGCCCCAUUCCACAGCUCCUGUUCAACACGGCUCCUUGGGUCAUCACAGUGGCUGCAAGCACCAUCGAUCGGUCUUUUCCUACCACAAUCAUCCUCGGAAACAAUCAAAGUCUUGUGGGCCAGUCAAUCUUCUAUAACUCGACGAGUGAAUCAAAGAAUAAAUACAUGCCUCUGGUCCUUGGCGGAAGCUGUUCGCCGGAAUCUCUCAAUGGCACUGAUAUAAGCGGAUCGAUCGUGCUGUGUCUGGCUUAUUCGCUCGAACCUGGUUUCCCCACUGCGCUGUCUACUGUCCAAAAUGCUGGGGGGAAGGGUCUUAUCGUUGCACAGUUCACCAUCAAUGUUCUUGAGUUCACCAAGCAAUGCAUAGGCAUCAUCUGUGUUCUUGUAGACUUCGAUAUUGGAUACCAGAUCGAAAAGUACAUUACUACUGAAAGAUCACCUCAGGUGGCAGUGGAGCUGACUCACAAUGCUAUAGGGAAAGAAGUGCUGUCUCCAAAAGUAGCAUGGUUCUCUUCAAGAGGACCAGCCAUACCAUUCCCUGGCGUGCUGAAGCCUGAUGUUGCUGCACCUGGUGUCAGCAUAUUGGCAGCAAAGAGGGACGGCUACACUUUCGGCUCAGGAACCUCGGCGGCCUGCCCACAUGUAUCAGGAGUAGUUGCUUUGCUGAAAUCCCUGCAUCCAGACUGGUCUCAUGCUGCCAUCAAAUCAGCACUCGUCACAACAGCUUCUAUCACCAAUGGCUAUGGCAUGCCAAUACAAGCAGAAGGAAAUCCAAGAAAGAUUGCUGACCCUUUUGACUUUGGAGGGGGUCAAAUAGAUCCCGACAGGGCUGCAGAUCCAGGCCUUGUAUAUGACAUCGAUCCGAAGGAGUAUUACAAGUUCUUCAAUUGUACAACAGGACAAUUUGAUAUCUGCGCCGAAGUGCUCCAGCCUGUGUAUUACCUGAACCUUCCUUCCAUCUCCAUUCCUGAUCUGAAGACAACCACUGCAGUUUGGAGAACAGUUACCAAUGUUGGAGAAGAAGUAGAUGCAGUGUACAAAGCAUCUUUCGAGUCCCCGCCGGGCGUUCAGAUGGUUGUGGAGCCACCGACGCUUGUGUUCGAUGCCACAGCCAAGGUGCGUAGUUUCAAGGUGACCUUCACGGCCACUCACAAGGUGCAAGGAGACUACAUGUUCGGAAGCCUGACUUGGCUUGAUGGUGGAGCUCAUGCUGUUCGGAUGCCGAUUGCCGUCCGUGUAGUGAUUCGGGACUUCUACGCAGAUGUUGCAUGAAUCUUUGGACGAUAGUAAUCUUGUUAAGGUGUUAUGAAAACAGAUCAUGUAAGCUUGGCUCAGAUCGAAAUAAUAACAGAAUAAACAAGGAUAAUUAUAUAUUAUCCCUAUAAUUAA